AUGCACUCUGUUCCAUCGGGUUCGGAGGUAGUCGACGCUAUCAAUGCUACACGCAGCCAAAAUUCUCGACGUCUAUUCCAAGAUACGUCUUUGACUAUGGUGCCACGACGCACUAUUCGAAAGGGCGAAGCCGGAGAACAAGAGGCAAAGGAGCGUCUAGCUAGCUUCCAGAACAAGCCCCUCGACGAUACGGUCCCAGUGUCGGACAGAACUACAUACAAGCGCGGCUACGCGAUGUGGCUCUUCAAGUACUCUUCACCAGUGGAGGUAGCCUUGGCUCAGGAUACAUGUCGUGCCUUUCUCCAGACCUAUGUCUCCGACUCUUCGGUCUCCGGGGUUGCGUUAGGAGAUCAAGAAUACGAGGAGGUCCGACAGUGGAUUGUCCACGACCUUCCUUUCCUUACCGGUAUCUCUAACGCACUCAAGCGCCAAAAGCGGGCUACGACUGCUCAGGAUAGAGUAGUCAUCAUAAGUCAGGAUAGGACUCGUCAACGUUGGCGGGAAAACGAACGCGUUCGUACGAAUCCGAAUGCCAGAAAACAAACUGCGAGUGGCUUCCAUAAAGCCUGCGAGCCCCGGGCGCGAGUUUGCCGUGGCCAUUUUGCCAUGCCGACUGGUCUGUCUUGCGAGUCACAUCAUUGGCCGCGCUCUAGCACGGCGUGCUUCCGGGCCGGAUAUACGUCCUUUGAUCAAGUUUUGACCCGGCCCAACCUUCGAGGUUGCAAAGUCCUUUUCCUUCCUUGGGCACAAGGCCUGGACGAUUUCCCAUUCGUCGAUAUCAGCGGGUCGCAGUUCUAUAGGAUAUGGUAUCGCUGGUGCGAAGUCGCCGGCAUGGAGAAUCCUCCGAUCCCCUACUCUAUGCGAGUCGGUUCCGGGGGCAAAAUUAUUAGAAUUCUCGGCGAGUUGCUUGGGCAUUGGAUGCUUAUGCACAAAUCGAAUACUCAACAGGAGUAUUAUUUCCCGGAUUAUGUGUCUCAGAAUCUAGCGCGGGUUAUGCUGGGUGUGCUCGCACCUCCUGAAGAUGCCCUUUUCUCUCUCCUGGCGGACUUAUCAUCUACGGCGGAUCCCUUUGCCCUAUGCCACCUGAGUGAAGAAGAGUUUAAAAAGCUUCUUGAGAGACGAGAUGUCCAAGCUCUUUAGGUCCAUAAGACAGGACAGCGCAACCUAUUGGACCGGUACUCUCGCAAGGUACAAGAUGCACAGGCGCUGGGCGGCAAUAUUACUAUUACCGAGUCGCCGAUUUCGAAUAGCGACGUCAUCAUUGAUGCAAUGCCCGUUGAUGCAACUGUCGCAUUUCGCGGGGAUGAUGAUUAAGCACGGUCGCUGCUUAAGCUCAGUUACUGUAGAGUCAUAACUAACUUAGUUAACUAACGCGAAU